AUGCUUCUGCCUUUCACUCAGGGAAAAUUCAUUCCUAACUACAAGUGUGGGGUCCCAAAUACCUUGGCUGCAGUCAUUGGGACACCUGACAUUUCUCUUCACAUGGCAACUGUAUUGGACAUCUACAAGGUUCCUCAGUUGUCCUAUGGCCCUGCUCCAGUCCUGGAUAAAGAGACUCAAGCAGUUUUCUUCCAACAAAUGUUUCCAGAUGAAUCCCACCAACAUAAGGGCCUCCUGCAGCUAUUGCUGUACUUUAGAUGGAUCUGGAUUGGAAUUCUUGUAGUAAAGGAUGAGAAAGGAGAGAAAUUUGUCCAGGAGAUUCUCCCCACAUUUUCUGAGCAUGGCAUCUGCACUGAGUUCAUAGCAGAGUUCCCAAAUGUAGCUUUUUACAGUGAUUUUACUGAUACCAUAGAUAAAGGGCUACAUAUCUACCAUGUUCUCAUGAACAGCAUUGCUAAUGUGGUAAUUUUAUAUGGUGAAAUUCAGUCCAUAUCAGUUAUGAGAAGUUUUCUCCAGUUUUCAGAAGUGGAGGAUAUACCAAGAAAGAAUAAGAUCUGGCUUAUAACAGCUCAGACAGAUUACACUUCAAUUUCCUUUCAAAAAUCUUGGGAUAUCCAUUUCCUACAUGGUGCUUUAUUCUUUGCAGUUCACACAAAGAAGAUCCAAGACUUCCAGGAAUUUCUUCAGAACUUAAGUCCAAACAACAACCACCAUGAUCAUUUUCGGAAAGAUUUUUGGGAACAGGCAUUUGAUUGUUUCUUCCCAAACUCAAAAAUGAAGAAAUCUGAGAAGAAAUGUACUGGACAGGAGAGGCUUGAGACCCUUCCCACAUCUGUGUUUGAAACACACAUGCAUGGCCAGAGUUACAAUAUUUACAAUGCAGUCCACGUUGUGGCACAUGCUUUGCAAUCUCUGUAUUCAUCCAAAUCCAGGGGAAAAAACAUAGUGAAAGAAGGAAGGAAACAGUUUCACAAUCAAGUAUGGUGGCAGGUUCAUUCCUUUCUGAGAAAUGUCAGAUUCAACAACAGUGUGGGUGAAAAGAUCUCCUUUGAUAAAAAUGGAGAAUUCAUUGGUGGAUAUGAUAUUAUCAAUUGGAUCACAUUCCCAAACCAGUCUUUUAUAAGGGUCAAAGUAGGAAUGGUGGAUCCCACAGCUCCAGCAGACAAGUUCUUCAAUAUUUCUGUAGAUUCCAUCAUGUGGCCAGUCAGCUUUAAUCAGGCAUUACCUUUAUCUCUGUGUAAUGAUCCUUGUGAUAGAGGAUACAGCAAGACAUGCUAUCCAUGUGCAGAAGAUCAUUAUCCAAAUCCUGACAAAAAUAUGUGCAUUCCAAAGCGGAUCACCUUUUUGUCCUAUGAAGAACCCUUGGGGAUCAAUCUAACUGUUCUUCCUCUUUGCUUUGCUUUAAUGACAAUUUUGGUAAUAAAAAUUUUCAUGAAACAUAAAGACACUCCUAUUGUCAAAGCCAACAAUAGGAAUCUCACUUACACUCUCUUAGUUUCCCUCCUCCUCUCUUUCCUUUGCGUCUUUCUAUUUAUUGGGAGACCCAACACGAUUGUGUGUCUCCUUCGACAACCAGCUUUUGGCCUCAUCUUUUCUGUGGCAGUUUCUUGUAUACUGGCCAAAACUUUUGUUGUGGUUCUAGCAUUCAUGGUCACUAAACCUGGUUCCAAAUUAAGGAAAUGGGUCAGGGGAAGAAUGGUCAGUUUCAUUCUUUUAUCUUGCAUUCUUGUUCAAAUAUGUUUUUGUGCUGCAUGGCUGAUAACAUCCCCACCAUACCUAGAUUUUGAUAUGCAGUCAAUGUCUGAAGAAGUCAUCAUGGAGUGCAAUGAGGAAUCGAUUAUGUUCUAUUGUGUUUUGGGCUUUAUGGGUUUUCUUGCUUUGGUUAGCUUCUCUGCUGCUUUUCUAGCUAGGAAGUUGCCUGACAGUUUCAACGAAGCCAAAUUCAUCACCUUCAGCAUGUUGGUGUUCUGCAGUGUUUGGCUGUGCUUUAUUCCAACCUAUCUAAGCACAAGGGGAAAAUAUAUGUUGGCUGUGGAGAUCUUCUCCAUGAUCUCCUCCAGUGCUGGCUUAUUAGUUUGUAUCUUUCUUCCCAAGUGUUUUAUCAUUGUGAUGAGACCUGAACUUAACAAUAAACAUCAUCUCAUGAAGAGAAAGCUUUAA